ACGCCAGGUGUAAUUAGCCAUCGAUCUAAAAAAAACACACACACACACACACACACACACACACACACACACACACACACACACACACACACACACACACACACACACACACACACACACACACACACACACACACACACACACACACACACACACAGACAAACACACACGCUCGCUCUGUCUCUCCGAUGACCGCGCCUCUGACGUCACCGGACGAUUAACGCUUCUUAUUGGUCCCGCGAGCGGAUCGAGUGGUCCUAAUGAGCUGCCUCGCGCGGAGGCAAAGAGCGGGGCUGACAUCUCCGCUGGAAGUAUAAACCUCGUAGUCUUUCGCUCAGCGCCUCGCUGUAAACCGACUACGACGACGACAACAACCCGAGCGGAGUACGUUGCGUGGGGAUUCCUUCCCACUCCAUCUUUUUUUUUCCCUCCCCAUCGCUUCUUCUCACCUCUUCCUGUCCUCUUUUUUGUGUACUUUUUGGACUGCAUGUUUAGCCAUACUCCUCCUCCCUCUGCAUCUACACGUCGGUCCCCGCCACAGCUCGGGCGAGCAUGGACAGUCGAGUGCUCGAGCAUCCUCAUGCCCAGUUCGGGGGCUCCUUGGGCGGGUUGGUCGGCUUCCCUUAUCCCCUUGGCCAUCACCACCACCACCACCACGUCUACGAGCUUGCUGGCAGUCACCAGCUGCAGUCCGCCGGCAGCGUCCCGUUCUCUAUAGAUGGAUUACUUAACGGGUCUUGCUCGGCCUCGGUCACUUCCAACACACUCCUUUCCUCGGGCUGUGGACUCAACGGGGACGGGCAGUACAAACUUGUAGAUUCUGGAGACCCGGAUAAGGAUAGCCCGGGCUGUAAACGAAGACGCACGAGGACGAAUUUUACCGGCUGGCAGCUGGAAGAAUUGGAGAAAGCUUUUAACGAGAGUCACUAUCCGGACGUUUUCAUGCGAGAGGCGCUGGCCCUCAGACUUGACCUCGUAGAGUCACGGGUUCAGAGGGAGCGAGAGAGGGAGAGAGAGAGAGAGAGAGAGCAAGAGAGUGGUAGAGAAAGAGAGAGGGAGAGAGAGAGAGAGAGAGAGAGAGAGAGAGAGAGAGAGAGAGAGGCAUCAGUUUCAGCGAAACAACUUAAUUCUGAUGUCAAUGAAUUAAUUAGAUGUGUUAAUGAGCUAGCGACAGCUAACUCAAAUUAA